GCGUCUGGCGGGGAACGCGCUUGUACCUACUCCAAAUUCAAAAUACGCGCCAACAUUACGAUAUACGUUGAUGAUAUUGAAUGAAAAGAUAGAAAACUUUUUGAAAUUUUCCUUGGAAUCACAUGAGGAAUUUAAAAACUACUAAAACAAUAGAACAUCGCGCUUCAUUGCUUUCCGCGGGUGAAUAAACAAACUGCAACACUGAAACUUCUUUCGUCUGAAGAAAGAUUUUAAAAUGCGGGCAUGGACUACAAAAUUACUAUUGCUGGCUGUCCUGUCAAUAUGCAUGGUUAACGCGUUAAUCCCCAGUCCAACAUCUGGUAAUAUUAUAAGUGUAGUGCCAAAACAACGAGCAUUCAACACAGGAGGAGCCCUUUACCCUCAAACAACAGAAACCCGAGAUCUCAGAACUCUUAAUGGAAUAUGGAACUUCAGAAAAUCCCCCGUGGAUCCUGAAUAUGGUUUCAAACAUGGAUGGUUUGAACAGGACCUAGAUAAGACGGGACCAGUAAUACCAAUGCCAGUGCCAUCAUCGUACAACGACAUCGGAGAAGAUGCCUCAUUGCGCGACCACGUCGGGCUGGUGUGGUAUGACCGGAGGUUCCACGUGCCCCCGUGGUGGCUGCGGGGUGAGCAGCGAGUGUGGCUGCGGUUCAGCAGUGUCCACUAUGCAGCUCAAGUGUGGGUGAACGGCAAGCAGGUAACAUACCACGAGAUUGGGCACCUGCCGUUCGAGGUGGAAAUCACCGAUGUGGUCCACCACAACUCCAGCAACCUCCUCACCGUGGCCGUCGACAACACGCUGCUCAGCGACACCGUGCCGCAGGGGACUAUUAAAGAUUUCUACGUUGGGCAGAACAAGACCCGACAAGAGCAGUCGUAUACGUUCGACUUCUUCAACUACGCCGGCAUCCACCGCACUGUGUUCUUAUACUCCACGCCGCAGCUCUACAUCGAUGACGUCAUCGUCAACACAGACAUACAGGGUCAUACAGGUUUCGUGGUGUACAACGUGACCUACAAAGGACCCAAUUUUGGCGACGUGCAGUGCCUAGUCCAACUGUUUGACAAGAGUGAGGUACAAGUGACUGCUCUGCAAGACUGCGCUGGUCUCUUGGAAGUGCCUAACGCCUACUUCUGGUGGCCGUAUCUUAUGCAUCCUGAGCCGGGAUACUUGUACACUUUCAAGGCCUCUAUCCUAGGACCGAAGGGAGAAGUCGUAGAUACAUACAGCCAAAAAAUUGGCAUCAGAACGGUGACAUGGACCAAUACAACCAUCUACCUCAACGAGAAACCAAUCUACCUCAGAGGAUUUGGAAUGCAUGAGGAUUCUGAUUUGCGAGGCAAAGGUUGGGACCCAGUGCUAUGGGUGAAGAACUUCAAUCUGAUCAGAUGGAUUGGAGCGAAUGCGUUCCGGACGUCUCACUACCCGUACGCAGAAGAGAUCUACCAACUGGCUGACGAGCAAGGAAUCAUGAUUAUUGAUGAAUGUCCUAGCGGGGAUACUGAUUUCUUUACCCACGCACUACUGACGAAACACAAGCAGUCUCUGACGGAGCUGAUCCGCCGAGACAAGAACCACCCCAGUGUCAUCAUGUGGUCCAUAUCCAACGAGCCCCGGUCUGCCAAGAAAGAAGCUGAUGCUUAUUUCGAGGAGGUUGUGCGACAUGUAAAGGCAAUGGAUCUUUCACGACCAGUUACCAUUGCCAUUGCUCAAGGCUACAACAUCGACAGAGCCGCUCCGCACUUAGACGUGAUAAGCUUCAACCGAUACAACGGCUGGUAUAGUGACUCGGGGUCCCUUCUCAACAUCGCCGAAAACGUCGUGCUUGAAGCCACAUCCUGGUACCAGAGACAUAAGAAACCCAUCCUCAUGUCCGAAUAUGGGGCUGACACAGUUGCGGGACUACAUUUGCUUCCAGAAUUCGUAUGGUCAGAAGAAUAUCAAGUAGCGCUGAUGUCCGAACAUUUCAAGGCUUUUGAUAAGCUGCGAAGCAUGGGAUUCUUCCACGGAGAAUUCAUUUGGAAUUUCGCGGACUUCAAGACUGCGCAGACAUACACACGGGUGGGAGGCAAUAGGAAGGGCAUAUUCACACGGAACCGCCAACCCAAGGCGUCGGCGCACCACCUACGGGCCCGCUACCACGCCAUCGCCGCCGUUGAGAAUGACCAAACGGCGCCUGAUCCCGCCUACUACAUCAGCGACAAUAAACCCGCCUAUCACGAGGAACUUUAAAUAUAACUGCGUGACAUUAAUAAGUACCUACUAGGGUUUGAUUUGAUCGACAAUCAGAGUACCAUUUGUCUUUUCAGGGUAAUAUACUCUAAAUCGCGGCAUUUACAAAUCUUUGCACAAAAUGUUUUCCAGUGAGGUGCCGUGUCCUAGUUUCCUCAAAGCCAAAUAAAUACUGGACCCAGGCCAAUCUUAUAACACUCGGAGAAGUACGAAGUACAUUUCAAGGCUUAUUGUGAGCAAAAUGAUCAUGUAUAAGUCCAGUUUAUAGUAUGCUUUUGCAAAAAACUAUCGUGAGCUUAUGAGCUUAUAACUACUAUAUCCCAAUUAGGGUAGUCAGAGGUACAACCAACACCUCACCGAGCCUUCUGUUAGACUAAUGUUCACCUUUUAAUCAGUGAUUUACAGCCUGACCCGAGAUUCGAACCCGUGUCCUUACGAUGUAAUUAAGUCACUAGGCUAAGAGGACCCCCAUAAAAUGGGAUAACUCUACCACAUUUGGAGAUGAUUUUAAUAGGUAUAUAAAAAUGAAGAUGACACCUGUCCUGUGACGAAAUGUAGCUGAUGAACUGAAUGCCAUGAUCAUUAUACCAAAUCAUAGCUAAAGUAAGAUCUAGGUUCCGCCUCUUAAGCCGUUUUGAGUUAUGUAACAUACUUAACAAGUAGCAACUAUGCCAAACUGUAAGUAUUUGUUUGAGUAGGUUUCCAAGUUCAAAAUACUAUAAUAAACAAUAUAAAUUUCUAAGAUCAAAAAGUACUGUAGCUAUUUUGAGUAGGUAGGUACCUAGGUAAGCGGACCACUUUAAGUAUUCUAGAUUAAUUAAAGUAAUAGGUACUUACAUUAUUAAAUGUUUCAAAAGUUUUCUAAGUAUCUAAGCACCAUGCAUUUCCGUCCCCGCCGUUAAAAUGUUCAAUACUUAUUAUUUACUUGUGCCUUAGUUUAAAAUAUGUUUGUUAUGUAAAAAAUUGUAUUACAAAUUUACAAUGCAAUGCAAUUACAAUGGAAACAGUAUACCUAUAACUCAUCGAAAAACAACAGUGAGAGACAUUGAAUGCGUGAGGUACCUAGUGUAAUUAGGGAACCGACCUAUCAAAUUAAUACAUUAGAGCAUGUAAGUUAAUUAACCGUAAUUCAUAUUUGUAAAUAGGUAUUUAAGUAGGUAAAGUAUUAAACAAACAAGAAAUCAA